AUGUAUAGAUAAAAGGGAGAAACACCAACUUAAAUUUUAACUCGCCAUAUAGUUUUCUUAUUUUACUUAAUUUUUGUGGCACUUCAUAUUUCCUUGGGUUAUUACUAUUUCGAGGCAGAAGGAUCUAAUUACAAGCCAUUAGUAGGAUUCCUCAGUUAUGUAAAAGAUAAUGUAGAAUCAAUGCCAAUUUAAAAUAUUUAAGUUGUAUUUUAAGAUAUUCUUACGAGAGAUAGUAGCAAAUCGUAAUCUAUUUAUAGAUGGGCUGGCAGCUCAAGUGGUUAUCUUUGUGAUAAUUAGUAUCAAUCAUCAUAAUGCAGUUCAACUACUGUUAAAGCUGUUUAAUUAUAUGACACAAAUGUGAGAAAUUUUUACUAUUUACCAGGAACUUAUACUUUGAGUGGAUCUUAAGUUACUUAAUCAGCUUCUUUUAUUUUAAACAGAUGCCCAUCUUCUGGAUGCCCUGCUUCUACUACGCCAAAUCCUACUAAACCUUCAUAAUUUACAAUCUAAUAAGAUCCUGCAACUAAAAAUUAUUAUAUUUAUAUCAACGGAUAAAAAGAUAUUCAAGCCUACUAAUUAUAUAAAAUAUUUUUAGGGAUAUCUGAUCCUUGUAUGAAUGAAGAUUACAAUUCUUUCUUGCCUAGCACUUUUUAAAUGCCAAUUUAUAAGCUUUAAAAUAAUGAUUGUGGUACAUUUGGAACAAUACCAAAUUUAUCUUAAGUUACUUAAAGUACAGAUCCUAAAAAUAAUGAUGCCACAAUUAGUUUGGAUAUAAAAUAAAUUUUCUUGUAUAAUGAAAUGCAAAUUACACUUUCUGAUUUGGGUAGACCUUUUAGCUCAAUUCAAUCUGGAAUGUUUAAUAUGUAUUUCAUACCAAAAAUAAAUUAUAGUACCAAUUCUUAGAAUUGUGUUGUGAGUGAUGAUUUAAGCAGUGUUCCUCAUUAUUCACAUUAAAUUAACUAAACUGGGCUAGCAAUGUUCAUAAUAAGAUAAGUAUUUAUGGUUUUUCUACUACCAAUUCCAAUUAUAGAAAUGGCUUUAGGUUUCUUAAAAAAUCCAACUGUUGUAUUCAUCGGCUUUGCCUCAAAAGGGCUGUUAAUAUUAAAUUUAUUAUUGCUGGUUAUAGAAGGAGGUAUAGUAAGUAGUUAUUAUUCUAAGAAAACUAGCUUGUAAAAUUCUAUAAGAAAUCUUGGCUGGUAAGGGUGUUUUGAUUCAGAUACUAAUUAAAAAUUUAUAUCUUUUCCUUCAGUAUUUACUUCUACUUAAGAUACAUAUAACUACUAUGCUUAUGUUUACUUAUGGAUUUCUGUGGUUGGAUUAUUUAUCAUAUUUCUUCUUAUAAUCAAAAUAGUUAUGGAUAUGUUUGUAAAAAAGAAAAAAUAUGGAGAGUAUGAUUCUGAUCCUAUGUAAGAAAAUCAACCAUAUGAUCCUACAGUUGCAUAUAUGCCAUAUUAAGAUUAACAGUAAUAGUUUUAUUCAGGGGAAGAUUUUUCAAAUGGGCAAUAAAAUAUCAAUUUUGCAGUUUCUCAGCAACUACCUCUUUAAACUUCUUUAGUGAAAACUCCUUCGAAUAGAUAGAAACUACUAUCAACAGAAAAAAGAAACAAUUUAAGCACAAUCAAAGAGAUUAAAAAUGCAGAGGGUUCAAAAAUGUAAAAUGGGUCUCUCAAACAAUAAAAUUUAGAAAUGCAAGUCCUUUCAAAUUCUAAAUAAAGUGAAAGUGAUGAUGAGGAAGAAGAAGACUGA